AUGUUUAUCUUUCCGUUUCAAUCUGCUGCCGAGCUGUUGAGACAUCAACAUUUGCAACCAUGCCUCCUCUUGUGUCACAACCCUUCAUCUGCGUUUCUUCCUGUGAAGUCCCCGAGCAGAACGAAAGAGAAAACACGACCAUCACCUGGAAAAUCUAUCAGUCCGAGAGGUAGCAGAGACAGACAGUUGAAGCUAAAAGAGAAUAGAACUGUCCUUUACUUUGACGAAAGUGAUAACAUUCAUCCAAGAAACUUAUCUGACAAUUAUAACACGUUCCGAGCCAAACUUGACACUAAGAGAGUCGAUCCAACAAGCUACUCGGAGACUAUCUCACAAACAGAAACUACGAUCACUCCAAGCUCGUCAAGUUCAAGGGCAAAAACAUGGUCCGAGGAACAAGAGCAUGUUUCUCCGGAGCAUGUUAGUCGAUUUGACGAGGGUGAUAUGAUGAAUAACAAGACAAAAGAGCUUGAGGUGUUGAGCACUCCACUGGACCAUGAGGAAGCAGAUAUAGUGGAAUGUAUCUCCGCAAAAUCUAGCAGAAUGUCAUUGUCUGAUGGAAGAUUCAACGAUAAAACACGAUCCUUCGAUGAAGAAAGCACUUCAUCUAAUUCACAGUCGGCAAAACCAGAUCAAGAGGCAGCACCAAGAUGCUGUGUUGCUGAAACUGAAAAUGGUAGCGAGUGUAGAGAAGUUGCCAUUGACUGCUUGUCAACUGAAACCGAUGGUUCAAAGACGCAUUAG